GUUGAGUUUCUAUACUUAACAACUUCACCCAACAGAUCUGGGUCAAUAUAUGCAUGUGUGAAGUUGCAAAUGAUGGCGGACUGGACGAGAGCAAAGUUUAAGGAUUUUGUUGAGAUCGUGGACUUCCGAGAUCACAUGAGGAAGGACUGGAGCAGGUAUAUCUGUGGCUGGCCGCAGGUGGAGUUUGAUCGAGGUGUGAAACAUGAUUUUCUUUGCAAUGAGCUCAAAAGCAGUGUUGCUGGGCUGGAGGUCAAAUCAGACUCUUACUGCAACAUCUGCACAACCAUCUUUGAUCCAGCAAGAGCUAAUAGAUGGAAGAACUCGCAUGAUGCCACCAUGAGACUUGACCAUUUAAGGUUUGAGUCCGAUUCGGCCUUUCAAAAAGAAUUUUGGGUCAUUGAGUCGCAAGAAGAAGAAGAAGACUCUGCUCUGGACUUGGUGGACCUCCUCGAUUUAGGGGAUGAUGGUCAGGAUGAAGAGACCUGGCUUUAUGAGUCUUCAAAGCGGCAUAUGUUCCAGGAGAACCCUGAGUCAGCAAUCAGGUGGUGUAGACGCACCCUAGAAAACCGCAGUCCUGAGAUGGAGGCGGCAUGUCAUGCAUUAAUACAUGUGUUGGAUCAAAAAUUGAGCACUUAUUGUGGCAGCUGCUUCUACAAAUGUGGUGCGGUUUUACCUCAAACUGGACAUGCUGUUGUGGGACGUAUGAACAGAACCUCCUACAACACUUCUGACAGUUCAGAUCACAGUGAGUUCAACGUCUUCUGUGAACCCAUAACCACCAGCUGCAGACUGCAAGACUUUACAGAUGUCCACAAUCUGGCCCAAAUGCAAGAAGCAAGUUUACGACAGGAUUAUGUUUCCACGUCUGCCGCUGCUUCACCAAGGAAUUCACCAACAUGGCUUCCAUGUUAUUUUAACACCAACAUUCAAAAAACUGAUGCUGAUGGCUUGACUGCAGGAAACAAACCGGCAUCUUCUCCAUUGUCACGUCAGCAGAGCUGCCAAAGCCCCAAAGUGACCGGAAUUCACCACCAUCUCACCCAGUUUAAACUGCUGAAACUUGCUCAGAAUAAAGGUUCUUCACCAGAUAGCAGCAGGUCACCUCUGAGGACCAGCCUUCGCUCGCUCCAGGCGGUGCGGAACAGCCGGAGUUUAGACACCAAUGACGACCACGCUGAUGGUCAAAUCAUUUCCCCUCCAUCAGGUUGGAAUGACUUCAUUUGCAAUCCCCCACCACCCCCAAUUGUCAUACGACAGGCUCGCUAA